AGAGAGAGAGAGAGAGAGAGAGAGAGAGAGAGAGAGAAAGAGAAAGAGAGAGACCUUGACGUUUCAGUGGAAGGUGGCUACAGUAGGCAGUGGGCGUGUUCACCGUGUUUUGAUCUAUAGUUGGGAAGCCCAGUGUCAUCUGCUUAAGCACAGACCGGCYGUGCAGACCUUUGCAGCUGAGCAGGACAGAGGACACCGGCAGGAAAACGACAUGCUUUUGGUCCACCUAAUUCUCAACGUUUAGGACAGGGUGGACCACCUUUUUUUUCUAGUGUUUUUUUUUUUUUUGUGACAUUUUAACACAUUCAAACAGAGGAAAAGUCAUUCUGGGAAAGAAGCUUUUGAAAGACUGUGACCGCCUGUGCUGCAACUCCAAGAGGAUUUUUUUUAAUUUGCCUUUUUUAUUAAAUAAGGAGAUGUGAAUGUGCAUCUGUGACAUGCAUGCAGUUGCAUUCUGUUCCUACACUCCAUUUGGUUUCCUUCUUUAGCAUGUGCAGAUGUGUCGAGGACUGACGCUGACACCUGGCUUGGAUUGUGGCAGCAUCUGGAUUGGGGGUGUCCCACUUUUGGCCCAGGAGGGGGAGCGUUGGGCAGGGCAUCCAAUGGCCCGGUUCCCYUGUAGCACCAUCCUUGUCCUGGGUCACAGGGACUCCUUGUAACAGGGAAAUCAAACUGACCGUACAAUGGAUGGAAGUCCAUGUGGAUUUAAGAGGAAUAGUGCACAGGUGCUCCAGCUUAGGUCAGAGUUCAUUACUGCACAUUGGACUCAGGGAGAAACUGAAGAUCCAUUGGUUCAUAAACCAGCCACUAUACAACUUCAUUAAUGCAGUGGAAAGACUUGAAGAAUGAUGAGUUCCAAAGAGGAGGAAACUCUGAGGUUUUUCCAAUAUGUUGAGGAGAAUGGGCUGAGAGCCUACAGCGGCCUGAUAGCUCAGAACUUGGACCACGCCAGGAAUGAGAGAAAUAGGACAUACCUGCAGGAAAAAAACGACAAAAAAAGAAAACAGGAGGAAGCCAUAAGGAGAACAGGUGAGGACAUAGCAACAGAAGGCAAGCACUUGCGAAUGGGCUCAAUAACCAUGCCUGACCCCCAGGAAUGCAUGCCCUUGCCCCACCUGCAUGCCAUCGCCUGUGGGCAAGGCUUUUCGGUGCGCUCCCAAUCCCUCCACUCGGUUGGCGGCGGGAACAGUGGAGGAGGCGGAGACGAGGAAGUGGGAAGCCCAACCUCCAGGAAGCAGCCUCCACCCAAACCCAGGAGGGACCCGGCCACCAAGCUGAGCAUGUCGUCGGAGGCGGUGGACCACAGUGUUUCGUCCAUCUGCCGUGGAGAGAGAUGUGAUGCAGCUCAAGGAUGCAACGAGGACUGCAGGAGGAUGCCACCCCCUAAACCCAAGAGGAACCCCAACACACAGUUGAGUGUUUCCUUUGACGAGUCCUACAUAAAGAGCCAUGGAAGCAGUGGGAUUUGCAAUGCCAAACCACUCCACCUCACCACAUCCCCCUGCGAACGUUACCCCUCGCCCCCACAGACUGACGAGAGUCCCGAAGAUGACUGUGAAGAUGAACCUGUCUACAUAGAAAUGGGUGGGAUCGAUAUUGGAACCCGAGAACCCUUAAAGAGUGAGGAGGAGGAGCAGUGUGAGUCUGUGUAUGAGGAAAUGAAGUACCCAGCCCUGGAUGAUAUGGAGUACCGCUCUGAUCCUGUGGGGUGCCGCUCGGCAUGCCCGACUCCAGCACCCUAUGACYCUGAGCCACUCAGUCGCUGUUCCACACCUCGAAACAUUCCCCUCUGUGACAUUCCUGCACCUUUUCCCAAUCUGCUCACUCACCGGCCUCCGCUCUUGGUGUUCCCACCAGCACCAGCCCAGUGUUCACCCAACUCAGAUGAGUCCCCCCUCACACCUUUAGACGUGACCAAAUUGCCGAUGAUGGAGAACCAGUCCUACAGCAAAUCACCCACCUCUUCGACUGAGCCUCCCUCGUCGGCUCACCUCCGUAGGGAGCUCACUGCCACCCCAACUCUCACAGUCUCAGGCCGCUCCUCUGCACCUCCACUCCCCUGCACGCUCUACAAAUCUUCCUCGUCAUCCUCCUAUCAACGCAGCCACUCUGCAUGCCCAUCGCCCGUCAGCAUGGGACGUUGUCUCACCCCCCUGAGCCUCAUGCGCACGCCUCCAUUUGACGCUCCCGUGCCAUUUCCCGGAGGGCUCCCACGGAGCGCCUCCGCGACUCCUCACGGCAAAGGUUCUCCACCUCAGGACGGCGCUGGGCGACUCCAUGGCUCGAUGCAGAAUGUGUCGACAGGCCGUUCUCGGACACCUACCAGCCCACUUGAUGAACUCACAAACCUGUUCACCACAGGCAGAAACAUGCUGAAGAAAAACUCCAGUGGCAGAAAGUCCAAAGAGCCAGGAGAGACUGAAUCCAAAGGAAAGUCUCACAGUGAAUCCAAGCGAGAAGGUAAGGAACGCCACGGUCACGGCAAGGAAUCCAAACGAGAGUCCAAGGAGCGCCACAGCAAAGAGUCUUCUCAUAGAAAGGAAAGAGAAAAAGACAAAGAUAGAGGCAGCAACAGUGUAGAUCCCCAGCUUCAUAGACGCAACAGUAAAGACCGCAACUAUAUCAGUGCAGAUGCACCACCCGUUUUCCGGGAGAGCAAGGAUCAGGCAUGCAGUGGACAUGAUCCAAUCCCUGUGAGACGAGACUCCAAAGACAGGGGCUCCAGCUCCUUAGAAACUAUACCUUUGAUUAAAAAAGACUCCAAGGACAGAGGACUCAGUAAUGGUGAUUUGAUGCCAAGAAGAGACAGCAAAGAUCGUAGUGCUGGACAUGGAAUAGAGUCUUCACUGAGGCAGGACAGCAAAGAUCAACCACCCGAGCUAUUACCAAGACAAGACAGCAAGGAAAGAACAAGGAAUGGUAUAGACUAUAAACAUGAAAGCAGGGAGAGACUGCUGGAUCAGCCACCUGAGCUCUUACCUCGACAGGAUAGUAAAGAGCGAGGCAAAAAUGGUAUGGACUCGAAACAUGAAAGCAGAGACAAGGCACCAGAGCUUUUACCUCGACAAGAGAGCAAAGACAAAUCUAGAAAUGCACCAGAGUAUAAACAUGAUAGCAAAGACAAUCGCCCUGAUUUGUUACCCCACCAGGAGAAUAAAGAUAGAGAAAGAAGUGACACUGAACAAAGAUAUGAAGGAAGGAUUGAUCAGCCACCUGAGAUUCUGCCUCGACAUCAAACUUCCAGAAACAACAAGGAGAGGGCUGAACAAAAGUACAAAGGGAGAGAGCCAAGCUGCCUCAAUGGAGAUGUUCCUCCCCCUCUUUUACCCAAACAGGAAAGCAAAGAUCUGAGCAGAACUGGCCUUGAGGUGAGAAGAGACAGCAAAGACCGAAGUCUUAAUGGCUCUGAGCAACAUCACUAUGAUAUGAAGAGCACUAAGAGUCCUCCUGCAAUGGAGUAUAGGUGCGAAAAAGAACGUGAGUACAAAUUAGAUGGCACACCACGAAGAGAUAGCAGAGAAAAUCGCAAAAUGGACCAAACCAAAGCACAAGAAAAGAAUGGUAGCACAAGGUCAGGACAGCACUCAUCAACAACUACACCUACUCACCACGGAAGAUCAUCGGGUAGCCCACCGAUGACCACAGAAAUGCGAAAUGAUGUUCCAGAUGCCAUGGAUAUGUGGAGACACAACUAUGGUUGAGCAGAUAGAGAGGAAACGUAUCCUGUGCAAGGAAAUACGCUCCCGACAACAUCCACACCUGCAGAGGUACCUGGAGAGGCCUCCACCUUCUGACCGAAUAGAAGACAAGCACCAAGAACAAAGUCAGUGCAAGCAGGAAAGCGCAUCCGUCCUUCCGGGCUGUGGAAAGAGCAAUGGGACCAAAAAGAUCCGUCCUCCACCAUAUCCUACACAGACUACUGUAUUCUGGGAUACAGCCAUUUGACAUUCAAAAUAAUAAAUACAAAUAAAAAUAAAAAAACCUCCAUGCCACAUAACCCUCAGAUUUCUCACUCCUUCUCCCUGCUUCUUAGUUGUGCUGAUUCUUCACUGCAACAACAAGGAUUCAGGACAGUGACAAAGAGCAACAGAGGGACUUUACUUGCUGAUGUCAAAAAAGGAAAAAAAAAAAACUAUGGUGGUUACCGCAGCAAUAUUUCUGCUUGUUCAGGUUGUCAUGUUUUCUUAUCAUCACUGGUGAUAUUUGAUAUUUUUCUAUUUAAUGUGACUGGACUCUUGUAUCAUAAUGAGUAGAGUGAAUAUUCAGUGAUAAAUAGAUAUUUUCUAAAUAAGAUGAUGGAGGACAAAAACACAGCUUAAAUCAUGUAUAGUAGAUUUACUGUAGAUGCGAUCUAAUUUGUUUUACGUUAUUUUCAUUUAGGUUAUUUUUCAUUUGAAAGCAUAUUCUAUUAUUACUUGUACUGUAGUAGAAUAAUUUUUUUAUGCCCAACUCUUUUUGUGUGUACGUGCGCUCAAAAAACACUAAAAAUGAAUGAACUGCUUAGUUCUCUUAUUAUA